AUGGUGGGGGGCGGAGGGGUCCUGGCUGAAGCGCUUGCCAUCAACUGCUCCGUGACGAACCUGGACCUUGGUAGCAAUUUGAUUCGGGGCGCCGGCUUCGAGGCCAUCGCGGGAGCUCUGAGAGGCAAUGGCACGUUGCUGAAGCUCGAUCUCUCCCGCAAUCUUCCCGGGGACCGUGGCGCCAAGGCCCUGGUGGACUGCUUGCGAUUCAACUCCACUCUUACGGACCUCGACUUGUCAGGCUGCGGGAUGAGUGGAUUGCAGGCUUUCCAGGAAGUGCUGGCCGUCAACUCGAGUCUCAAGAAGCUAAGCCUCGACGGCAAUGGGGGAGAGAUGGAAGAGAAGGUGAUCAGCGAGGUCCAGGCCCAUCUCGUAGCGCGGCAGCCGAAGGGCCCGCAGGAGUCGAAGGAGGCUUCGGCCCGGAUCCGGAAGGAUUCCCCGGCGUCCGAGGCUGUGUACAAGCUGACCGAUUCCAGGUCUCUUCGCGACUUCAUCCUGGCAGCCAAUGUCCGCUUGGUUCGUGCAGAGUAUGCCUGGAGCCUACACAAGAACGGCAAGCUCUUUGCUCGAAGGCAAGAGGCCGAGCAUGAAGUCUGCGAAGAUGGCCGGCCGGCCUUGGUGACUCCAGAGGAGGUGAUAGGAUGGGGCUCUGAGGGCGAUGCGAUGAUCAUGGCCGUGUCACACUGCUGGGAAACACGGGAACAUCCCGAUCCAUGUGGGCAUCAGCUAGCUCAUAUCGCCAACUGCACCUCCCUGUACCACGCAGCCCACGGGGUGCCCAUCUGGCUCUUUGUGGAUUACGUCUCCUUGUAUCAAUACCGGCGGACUCCACAUCAAGAUGAGAGCUUCAAGGCCGCGAUGGCCAACAUGCAUGUCUUCUACACGCACGAAGCUUCUUACACAUUGCGCAUCGAAACGCUGACACCUGAGACCCUUUGGGAGCAACAUCUGGAUGCUUUGAUCCACGUGUAUCAUGAGCCUAGCGGCUGCGUUCAGCCCAUCCCGCUGAGAAGCUUGACUCGGAACCCAACAAAAUACAGACUUCGAGGUUGGUGCCAAGCAGAGAUCGAGUGGUCCAGCUGCAGAAGCAAGACCUUCCGAAACCAGCAGAUCGACCUCUCCUGUGCCGAAGGUGCGGGCGCUGCAAUGCUGGGCCGGGAAGCCUUGACAGGAAAGGUGCCCAUGCCACCGCAGGUCUUUCGGCAAAGCAUGACGAACCUCAAGUUUACGCACAGGAGCGACUUGGAGGCGGUGCUGCAGCUACAGGCGAAGGUCUACCAGGAGAAGAUUUCCGGCUGCGAGACUGCGAUCUUCGAGCACCUGGCUGCCGCGGAGGUUUCGGUGCUGGCCAAGGCUUUGCCAGAUUACAGGUGUUUGAGAUCCUUGAAGCUCCUCCGCUUCGAGUGCGGAGAGCAGGAAGCAGCAGAGCUGGCUGAGGCCAUCCAGAGAAGCACUUCUUUGGAAGCGCUGGAGCUUUCUACGUCAACGACGCAGCUGGAUUUCUACAGGGGGCACAUACGCGAAGUUGCCAACCCUUCUGCCAUGCACAUGACGAAGGCGGUGGCGGAAAUGCUGAGAAGCACCCCUGCCUUGACUACUCUCAGCCUGGGCUGCAUCAAGGUCGGGGAAGACGUUGACAGUCAAUUGCACAAGCCGCCGAUCCAGGACCUGGCAGACAUGCUCCGAACCAACUCGGCAGUCACGGACCUCGUCUUAAGCUCCCGCGACAUCAGCGACCAGGAAAUCGAGGCUGUUGCGAAGGCACUGACUAUCAACACCGGAGUUCUUCGCCUGAGCCUUCCCGACACCAUUGGCGAUGUGGGGGUGAAGGCUCUGCAGGAGAUGCUUGCUGUCAACUCGAUCAUUGAGGAGAUCUGGUGUGGAGAUUGCAGAAGCCAGGGGAUGCAGAGGAUCAAUCGCCUUCUCGAAGAGCGCAAGGUGGCGAGGGUGGUGGCAUCUGCUGAGACCCUGUCGACCAUCGACCUUCGGCGAUGCCCUGUGGCAGCAACAGACCUGCAGGUGAUUUCCGAGAAGCUCAGGAGCAGCGACACCGUCCGGGACAUCGACCUCGCCUUCUGCGAGGUCGGCGACUUCGGGGCGCAGGUCUUGGCGAACGCCCUUAAGGUCAACUCCUCUGUGAGAAAGUUGGCCCUCCCAAAUACCAAGAUUGGUGACGUGGGGGCGAAGGCCUUGGCGGAGGUCUUGGCCAUGAACUCCCCGCUGCUGAAGAUCGAUCUCAGCGGCAGCGAAAACAGGUUCGGAGACGACGGAACUCAGGCCCUGGCGAAGUCGUUGAGAGCCAAUUCCACGCUAACCAGUAUCAACCUGGGCGUCUGCAGCUUCUCCUCCCUGCAGGCCUUUCACAAGCUGCUGGCAGCAAACUCCACCAUCAUGAAGAUGUAUCUUCAUGAUGAAAGUGAUGGAGGGCCCGAGAGCAUCCAGGUUCUGCGCGAGAUCGGGACCAUCCUCGAAAAACGCAGAGGGGAUCUUGAGUGCCUUGACUUCCAAUCCUGCUGGGCCUUCCAGUUCGACGAGUGGGAGGACAUCCGUGACCUACUCCGGAACGACCACGUCACACAUCUCAACCUUCGAAACACGCCAAUCCACUUCGACUGGGCCAAGGACUUGGCAGAGGAGCUGAUGGAGUUGAGGGUGACUUCUCUUGACCUGGCGGGCUGCCACCUGGGCCUUGACAGCCUGAAGGCCAUGGCCACAAUGCUUGCUUCCAGCUCUGCUGUCACCUACGUCGACCUCGGUGGGAACCCUAUCGGCGAUGAGGGUGCAGAGGUUUUGGCGCGGGCAAUUCGGUGUAGCACCUCGCUGAGUACACUGCGACUGGACGGCUGCGAGAUCGGAGUGCUCGGACUGCAGGCGCUGAAGGUCGCGGUGGUCCACUCCAGCCUUUGCAGCAUCACCCUCUCGCAGAACGUGGGGGGCGUUGACGGGGAGCAGGUGAUCCAGGAGAUCGAAAGCUUUGUCGAACAACGACAGACAGGUUCUGAGGCCCCUACGACGGGAGCCGUGAAGUUCCCAGAAGCUGAGCGCCUUGGCCCAAGGCUUCCAGAUGCAAGCUGA